CGUCCGAGAGAGACGCACGCUUCGUGCGCGCGUCCCGUCAGUCCCUUCGUUCAGUGCGCGCGCGCGCGCGCGCGCGAGAGACCACGCGAAAACAGGUGGUCGCGUUCAGUCGACGAUCAUAAGUGCGAGAGAGCCGGUGGACGGUCGCUGAGAUCGACCUGGAUCUCUUACCGCGUCGUGUUUCGCGUUCUGCUCGCCUACGAGGCGUCGUUGCCGCAGCUUCGUGCGCUUCGCCGAGGCAUUCGAGAGGUGACCCCGCGGGGAACUUUGACCGAGGAUAUUUAACUGCCAGCGCGGAGGAAGCAGACGGUUCUGCUGGGGUUUUCAGUGUGACUGUACAGAGAGUAAUAAAGAGCGCGCAGCGGCUUAAAGUGAGAGCUCACAUUCCCGAGCGCGACGCGACGAGUUCGAGUUCGAGUUCGGAUACGCGCCAGUUUCAGGCCGCUCUCCGGCAAAAGUGCUCUCCGCACAGACGCGCGUGAAUCCGCGCGAUUAUCGUCUUCCUGGACACGUACACAGCGUCUCGUGAGAAGACGUCGUCGUCGCGUACGCUCGCGUACGACGGGAUACACGCUGCGAGAAGUUAAAGAGGCGUCGUGUUUUGCGACGAAUACAACGCAGCCGAGCCGGAAAAGCAUCGCUCGCCUGCCGGACACGCCGCCGCCGCGACGCCAUAUUGGGAAGCGGUCGCUCCGAAAUCGCGGGGAGUCUCCGGCCUUUCGGCAUCUCCGGCUUCGGAAGAAGAGAGAGAGAGAGAGAGAGAGAGAGGGACAGCAAGCGGUCCUUUCGGAGACAAGCUCUGCGCCGCCGGCAGAUUUGGACACACCGGAUGUAAGAACGAGAUGAGAUAGCAGGAACGAUGAGAAGGAGAACGCUCGACGACCUGCUCGCGUCUUGCCGCGAACGAAGGGAAAGCCGCCGCGCCCCGGCAUCGCCGCGGUGAUAUCGCCGGUGAUAUCGCGACGUCAGGACGACGUGUGUACGUCGCAGGACAGAGCGUACAGAUUGCGAGGACGCAGCAGGACGUCGCGUGAGUGCCGAGUCGAGUUGUUUAUCUUUUCUUCGCCUCUUUCGUGUUUUGACGCCCGAGCGGUCGCGCGACGCGCGACCGAUUCGUCCGGACAAACACGACUUGCAGUGAAUAUUACAGUGAGAGAGAGAGAGAGAGAGAGAGAGAGAGAGAGAGAGAGAGAGAGAGAGAGAGAGAGAGAAAGAGAGAGAGUUUGUGACUGUUGCUGCGACCACGAUUUCGUGAUUCUGCGUCGUCGCGAUCGUUCGCUGUGGUGGUUCGCUCAUUUUUGACCGUUUGUCGCUGUCUCUGUCGUUGGAUUUGCGACGUGAGUGACGUAAGGCGACGUGCGACCUGAAGACAGUGUUGGUUGGCUCUCAGUGAACUGUGUGAACGCUUUGAUCGCGCGCGAGUUUGCUCGUCCGAGUCGUCUUGUGAGGAUAUAUCAGUGUGCAAGGUGCUUUACCGUGGAUGUGUUCGAUCUGUUGGCCGCGCGGCACGAGGUAGCGUCGGGUGGGUUUGGUUCGCUCGCGUUUUCUCGGGGGAUGGAGUGAGCAUUCGCGAAAUAGGCUCCUCGUCGAAAUAUGAGGAUUACGUUCCACCGUUGCUGCGACCGUCCACCGAUCACCAGUGAAAAUGAAUCUCACGCGUGUGUUUCUGCUGCUGCUGCUGCUCGCCGUGGGCUCAAGAUGCAUGUGCUCGAGCGGAUACACCGGACAAAAUUGCGAGAACGAGUACUUCCCCUGCGACCCGUCGCCAUGUGAGAACGGAGGCUCGUGUCAUCAGCUCAGCGAACACAACUACGAGUGCAUCUGUCCUGAGGGAUUCCGAGGGGACCAAUGCCAGGAGAACAUCGACGACUGCCCGGGCAACCUCUGCCAGAAUGGUGCCACUUGCAUGGACCGGGUGAACGAGUACUCCUGCCUGUGUCCGCCGGCCUUCACGGGCACGCAAUGCGAGCUCGACGUGGACGAGUGCUCCGUGCGGCCGUCCUUGUGCCACAACGGCGCUACGUGCACGAAUUCACACGGCAGCUAUUCGUGCAUCUGCGUCAACGGCUGGACCGGGCCCGACUGCAGCGUCAACAUCGAUGACUGUGCAGGUGCCGCCUGCUUCAACGGCGCUACCUGCAUCGACCGCGUCGGCAGCUUCUACUGCCAGUGCACAUACGGCAAGACCGGACUCCUUUGCCAUCUCGACGACGCUUGCACGUCGAAUCCAUGUCAUGAGGGCGCGAUCUGCGACACCAGCCCUAUCAACGGCUCCUUCACCUGCUCCUGCGCCACCGGAUACAAAGGACUGGACUGCUCCGAGGACAUUGACGAGUGCGAGCAAGGCUCUCCUUGCGAGCACGACGGUAUCUGCGUGAACACGCCCGGUUCCUUCGCCUGCAACUGCACGCAAGGAUUCACGGGGCCGCGAUGCGAGACGAACGUGAACGAGUGCGAGUCGCAUCCGUGCCAGAACGACGGCUCCUGCUUGGACGAUCCUGGGACGUUUCGCUGCGUCUGCAUGCCAGGCUUCACCGGCACGCAAUGCGAGAUCGACAUAGACGAAUGCGCGGCGAAGCCGUGCCUGAACGGCGGCGGCUGCACCGAUCUCAUCAACUCUUUCAAGUGUACCUGCGCGGACGGCUUCGCCGGCAUCCACUGCCAGAUCAACAUCGACGACUGCGCCUCGUCGCCGUGCAAGAACGGCGGCGUCUGCCAAGACGGCAUCGCCAAGUACACGUGCGAGUGCCCGCCCGGCUUCACCGGCGCCUCCUGCGAGACCAACAUCAACGACUGCCAGUCGAACCCCUGUCACAGCGGCAUCUGCAUCGACGGUGAGAACAGCUUCAGCUGCAACUGCUACGCCGGCUACACCGGGCCGCUCUGCCAGACGCAGAUCGACGAGUGCACGAGCAACCCUUGCCAGUUCGGCGGCUUGUGCGAGGACCGCAUCAACGGCUACCAAUGCAUCUGCCGGCCCGGCACGUCCGGCAUCAACUGCGAGGUGAACGUCAACGAGUGCUACAGCAACCCCUGCCGAAACGGCGCCAUGUGCAUCGACGGUAUCAACAGUGGAUACGAUGUCUCGUCUUCCAGGUACUCCUGCGAGUGCAAGCCCGGCUUCACCGGCCAGCACUGCGAGACCGACAUUAACGAGUGCGCCAGCAAUCCGUGCGCGAACGGCGGCCGUUGCAUCGACGUGAUAAACGGCUUUAGGUGCGAAUGCCCGCGCGGCUACUACGACGCCAGGUGCCUGAGCGACGUGGACGAGUGCGCGAGCAAUCCCUGUAUGCACGGCGGCACCUGCGAGGACGGCGUGAACCAGUUCAUCUGCCACUGCCUGCCGGGAUACGGCGGCAAGCGAUGCGAGGCCGACAUCGACGAGUGCGGCUCGAAUCCUUGCCAACACGGCGGCACGUGCAACGACCACCUCAACGGCUACAGCUGCAAGUGCCUGGCCGGCUACAGCGGUACCAAUUGCGAGACCAACAUCGACGACUGCGCCAACAACCCCUGCCAGAACGGCGGCUCCUGCAUCGACCUCGUCAACGACUUCAAGUGUGUCUGCGAACUGCCGCACACCGGCAGGAACUGCGAGGAGAAGCUGGACCCCUGCUCGCCGAACAAAUGCCUCCACGGAGCCAAGUGCUCGCCGUCGUCGAACUUCCUCGACUUCGCGUGCACGUGCACGGUCGGUUACACGGGGAGGCUCUGCGACGAGGACGUGGACGAGUGCGUGAUGACGUCGCCGUGCAGAAACGGUGCCACUUGCCGGAACACCAACGGCUCUUACCACUGUGUGUGCGCCAAGGGCUACGAGGGCCGUGAUUGCAUCAUCAAUACCGAUGACUGUGCAUCAUUUCCCUGUCAGAACGGCGGUACCUGCCUGGACGGCAUCGGCGACUACACCUGUCUGUGCGUGGACGGCUUCAACGGCAAGCACUGCGAGAUCGACGUCGACGAGUGCCUGUCGCAACCCUGUCAAAACGGAGCGAUCUGCAAGGAAUACGUCAACUCCUACACCUGCCAAUGCGGUCUCGGCUUCUCCGGCAUCAACUGCCAGACCAACGACGAAGACUGCACCGACAGUAGCUGCAUGAACGGCGGCAAGUGCAUCGACGGUAUCAACAACUACACGUGCGUCUGCAAGCCCGGCUACACCGGCUCCAACUGUCAAUACCGCAUCAACGAGUGCGACAGCUCGCCCUGCCUGAACGGUGCCACCUGCCAUGAUCACGUGCAAUACUACACGUGUCACUGCCCGUAUGGCUACACCGGCACACGGUGCGACAAGUAUGUGGACUGGUGCGCUGACAACCCCUGCGAGAACCAGGCUACGUGCGUCCAGCACAAGAACAAGUACCACUGCAACUGCUCGCCCGGCUGGACUGGCAAGGUGUGCGACGUGGAGAUGGUCUCGUGCAAAGACGCGGCCAUACGGAAGGGCGUGCCGGAGAAGAACCUCUGCAACAACGGCACCUGCGAGGACAUUGGCAACAGUCACCGUUGCCACUGCAUCGAGGGCUACACCGGCUCGUACUGCCAGGAGGAGAUCGACGAGUGCGACUCGGCGCCGUGUCAGAACGGCGCGACCUGCCGGGACCUCGUCGGCUCGUACCAAUGCCAGUGCACCAAGGGCUUCCAAGGGCAAAACUGCGAGCUCAACGUCGACGACUGCACGCCCAAUCCGUGCCAAAACGGCGGCACCUGCCAUGACCUGGUCAACAACUUUAGCUGCUCCUGCCCGCCGGGCACCCUCGGCUUCAUAUGCGAGGUCAACGUGGACGACUGCGUGAUCGGAGCGUGCCACAACAACGGCACCUGCACCGACAAGGUCGGGGGCUUCGAGUGCAACUGUCCGCCCGGCUUCGUCGGACCAAGAUGCGAGGGCGACAUCAACGAGUGCCUGUCGAAUCCAUGCUCGUUGACCGGUACCCAGGACUGCGUGCAGUUGGUCAACAACUAUCACUGCAACUGCAAGGCCGGCUACAUGGGUCGCCACUGCGAGGUGAAGGUAAACUUCUGCGACAGCUCGCCCUGCCAGAACGGCGGCAUAUGCACCGCCAAGCAGGCGGGUCACACGUGCGCGUGUCCGCCCGACUUCCACGGCAGCAACUGCGAAUUCGCCGGCUCAUACUGCGACUCCGAGCCGUGCUCGCAUGGCGGCACGUGCCGCGUCACCGACACCAGCAUGGGCUACAUGUGCUACUGCCCGCCUGGCACCACCGGUACUCAUUGCGAGAUGGACGCGCGGGACGAGUGCGCGAGCAACCCGUGCCAGCAACCCGAGGCCAUCUGCGAGAACCUGGUUGGCGACUACGCCUGCUACUGCCCGGCCAAAUGGACGGGCAAGAACUGCGAGAUAUACGACCCGAAUUACCGGGGUGGCGUAUUCGGCAGGCCGAACGCAAACGUGCCCAAGAUCGCCAACGCGUACGACCUCGACCUGGAGCACGAGCGUAAGAAAUGCAUCGAGAACCACUGCGAGGAGAAGUCCGGCAAUCAUCACUGCGACGAGGAGUGCAACAGGUAUGCCUGCAACUUUGACGGCAAUGACUGCUCGUUAGGCAUCAACCCCUGGCGUAACUGCACCGCACCCAUCAACUGUUGGGACGUGUUCAUGAACGACGUGUGCGACGAGGUCUGCAACAAUGCCCAGUGCCUCUUCGACGGCAGGGACUGCGAGAGGAAACUCGCCCCUUGCAACCCAAUCUACGACGCGUACUGUAGGAAGCACUACGCGAACGGUCACUGCGAUUACGGCUGCAACAACGAAGAGUGCAACUGGGACGGUUUGGAUUGCGACGGAGAGCCACCAUCCUUAGCGGAGGGCGUGAUAUCGGUAGUGGUGAGGAUGGACAUGCCCACCUUCCGCUCUAAUGUCGUGGCUUUCUUGAGGGAUAUCGGGCAUGAAUUACGGACGACAUUGCGCGUGAAGCAGGAUGAGCUCGGCAACGACAUGAUAUACCCGUGGAAACGGGAGAGGGAACCGAGCCAACACACCAACAUCUUCGGCCAACCCGCGACUAUCUACACCAGCCCGCAGAACGGCGUGAUUGCCUACCUGGAGAUCGACAACAGAAAGUGCACGAUGACGCAGGGUGCGGUGUGCUUCCCUUCAGCGAACGAAGCAGCCGAGUAUCUGGCCGCGACGGCGUCGAAGCACUCGCUGUCGCGGAACUUCCCAAUCGAGCAGGUGCGCGGCGUCGUCGGGCCGCAAGGCCCCGAGUACCCGGACAGCCCCACCAACUACAAGUUUGUCUUCAUCGGCGUGGUAAUCGUGCUCUUGAGUGGUCUGCUUGUGGGCGUACUCGUUACCGCUCAACGAAAACGCGCCGUAGGGGUCACAUGGUUCCCCGAAGGCUUCCUGAGGACCAACAGCGGCAGCGGCCAACGUCGCCGUUCACGUAGGCGGGGACCGGACGGCCAAGAGAUGCGGAACCUCAACAAGCAGCCGUCGAUCAACUGCAUGGACAUAGACGUGGGCAACGGCCGGGUGCAGCACUGGUCCGACGACGAGUCGGACCUGCCGGCCAAACGACCGCGCACCGCCAUCAGCGACCACACCGCCAUCACGGACUACGAGGAGACCGAGCCGCGCAGGUGGACGCAGCAACACCUGGACGCCGCUGAGAUACCACGGCCGGACGCCGGGGUGCUCACCCCGCCGGACCAAGACGUGGACGCGCGUGGUCCGUGCGGUAUGACGCCGCUUAUGGUAGCGGCGGUGCGCGGCGGCGGCCUCGACACCGGUGAAGAAGAGGACGAGAGCGACGGUACCGCAGCGAUGAUCGCCGACCUGGUGGCCCAAGGCGCCGAUCUUAACGCUACUACGGACAAGAGCGGCGAGACGUCGUUGCACUUGGCCGCUCGGUUCGCCAGAGCCGACGCUGCCAAGAGACUGUUGGACGCAGGAGCCGACGCCAACUCCCAGGACAACACCGGCAGGACUCCGCUGCACUCAGCCGUCGCAGCCGACGCCAUGGGAGUGUUCCAGAUCUUGCUGCGUAACCGGGCGACGAAUCUCAACGCGCGCAUGCACGACGGCACGACGCCGCUCAUACUGGCGGCGCGCCUGGCCACCGAAGGCAUGGUGGAGGAUCUCAUCAACGCCGACGCCGACAUCAACGCUGCCGACAACAGCGGCAAGACCGCGCUACACUGGGCCGCGGCGGUCAACAACGUCGACGCUGUCAACAUUCUGCUAGUGCACGGCGCCAACAGAGACGCUCAGGACGACAAAGACGAGACCCCGCUGUUCCUCGCGGCGCGGGAGGGCAGUUUCGAAGCGUGCAAAGCGCUCCUCGACACAUUCGCCAACCGGGAGAUCACCGAUCACAUGGACCGGUUACCGCGCGACGUCGCCAGCGAGAGACUGCAUCAUGACAUCGUUAGACUGCUCGACGAGCACGUGCCGAGGUCACCGCAGAUGGUCACCGUCAUUCCGAACGGUCCUCUCAUGGGAUCUCCGAACCAUCCGCAGCUGAUCACGCACCCGACGGUGAUCGGCUCGGCGCCGAAGCAAAGCAAGUCGAAGAAGCGGCCGAAAGCGGGCGGCACGGGAAACCCAAACAGCCCGGAGUCCGAGGCCGGCGCGGUGGUGAUGGUGAGGCGAAAGCCGUCGGUGAAGAAGCCCCCAGCGGCCAAGCGCGGCGGCGCCCAGCCCCCAAACCAAGAGAUCCCUCAUCAGGAGGCGGAGGGCGCCGAGGGUAACCUGCCGAGCCCAUACGACAGCGCGAGCCUGUACAGCAACGCGUUGCCCUUGGUGGCUCACACGGCGACGGCGAAGCAACCGCCCCCAUACGAGGACUGCAUAAAGGGCCAAUCGAUGCAGGGCCUGCAGCAACUCGGCCUGGACACCUUCGCGACCAACUACGGGCUGCCGUUUCACGACCAGCUCUUAGCGCCUCAUCAGCGGCAGACGCAGGGCAUGGUGAACACCCUGUCGCCGCCGUACAGCAACCAGUCGCCGCCGCACUCGGUGCAAUCGAACAUGACACUGUCGCCGCAAGCGAGCUACAUGGGCUCGCCGUCGCCGGCCAAGAGCCGGCCGUCGCUACCCACCUCGCCGACCCACAUCGCCGCGAUGCGGCAAGCGACGCAUCAGAAGCACGGCGGUAUGCCGCCUGUGGGCUUCGACUUUGACAAUCUGCCAUACUCGUCGAGUCAGCAGCAACAACAGCAGCAACAACAGCAGCAGCAGCAACAACAGCAGCAGAUGCAGCAGACGCAGCAGCAGAUCCAGCAGCAGCAGCAACAACAGCAGCAGCAGCAGCAACAGCAGCAGCAGCAGCAGCAACAACAGCAGCAGCAGCAGCAGCAGAGCACGCAGCAGCAACAGACGCAGCAAUACUAUCAGUACUUGACGCCGCCGUCCCAUCAUUCCGGGCCGGACGUGACGCCGCAACAUCUUAUGCAAGCACCCGAGAGCUUCCCGACGCCGUCGCCGGACAGCCCGGGUCACUGGUCCUCGAGCUCGCCGCACUCGAAUAGCGAUUGGUCCGAGUGCAUGGCCUCGCCGAACGCGUAUGGCGCCGGCGGCGGCGCUCACCAAAGCAACAAGGGCUCUGAAGCGAUCUACAUAUGAGCCCGGCGACGUUCCUCUUCUUCUCCUCCUUCUCCUCCUCCUCCUCCUCCUCCUCCUCCUCCUCCUCCUCCUCCUCUUCCUUUUCUUCCUCCUCCCCUUCGCGCGAGCCAGUGGUAGACCGAAGACGGCGAAGGAUGAGAGAGAGAGAAAGAGAGAGGGAGAGAGAGGCGAGCGAGAGAGAAUGAGUAAAAGAGAAAGAGAGCGAGUGAAGGGUAACGAUAGGGCGAGAAAGAAAGCGUAACGCGAACACUGUGAUCACCUCGUCUCGAGGGUUCGAGGGCGGCGAUUUCCCGCGACCGGCAACGGAGAGACGUCGUGGAAAUGAACGAAAAGACCCAGGGCCUCUUCCUUGGAAAAUCGGACUGGCGCCGAGAAGGCGCCCUGCCUUGUUUUGUUAGCACGGAAUUAACACGCCACGGCGGGGCGGCGACGCACGCGUCGCGGUUAUUAUACAUAUUUAUACGCGUUAUAAGUGUAGAUGAACGAAUCAUGUAUACGCACACUCGUGUGCGUAAAAGGGGAAGCAUUCCUCGGGACCAGGAACGGGGACGGACGGAGACCGUGCUGUGUGUGUGUGAGGAGCCACGCGCUCAGGACUGUGUGCGAGACCGAUUGUGCCUCUCCGGCGAACGCGCACGCGAUCGGCCCGGAGGAAGAGACGAAGGAAGAAGAAAGAUAGCCGAUAUAUUUUUGAUAUCGAUCAACUUUUACUCUUUUUACCGUUGUCGCUAUGUACAUCACUAUAUAUGUCACGCAGCUCAAUAAAUAAAAACGGUGCCUUCGACUUGCCAGUGUGAAGAUUCCCCGGUGGACAAUAAUUAAUUAAGGAACGAGACCUUGCUACUCUAAUAAUAAUUGUACAUAUCGCAUAUAGAUUUACGGGACGAGAGAGAAGGAGGGAAAGGAAGAGAGGGGGAAGAACCUUCAUCGCUGUGCUCAUGUCCUCGUUCCGCGGAGAACUUGUAAUUGCGAAACGGGAAGUUUAAUGGCUGUCCAACGCAGAAAGAAACUCCUCCCGUUGCACCGAUCGUAUCCUUCGGCCGAUCUUGGUACUCUCGCCGAAGGGUCAAGACGCUGGAAGGUACGACGAUGCAACUGCCAACCGCGGUUUCCACACUAAUUGCGCAGUCUUGCCCAGAAUGUGCGCAAACAGUGAAUAAAUCGCGCGCUUGGAAGAGACGUCACGAGGAUAACGUUAAAGAAGGACAGAAGUAUACGUAAGAAAGAUGAGAUGUUCGUUUUUUCUUCCUCUUUCUCUCUGUCUGUCUCUCUCCCUAUCUAUCUCUGCCAGACGAUAUUCGCAAACGGAGGAAUGUGGAGGAAGCAGAAGAAAGGAAGAAACAUGGUUGUCUUUCUUUCUUCCCGCCAUCAUCGCGUAAGCCGACAUCGAGAGAGGACACCUGAGCCUCUGUCGUUUUUCCGGAAGACUUGUUAUAUAAACUUGCGCAAUCGCAUAACGCGUUCGAGAAGAGGAAAGGAUGUCUUUCGUGUCGGUCCAUUUCCUGGCUCGUGUCCACACUAUGCGAUUGGACAUGUUUAAAUUGGUCUUCAGCAAUGUCGACUUGGUCGGAGCGGGAGUGCUGGGUCCACCUUCACACGAGUUCGUGUUGCGUACAGUGUCGAUAUGCAGGGACGCGCAUACGCGAGAAACGAGAGUAAUCGUGCCUUUUCGAAUUCCGUAGAGCGUACGAAAGAGACACGCGCUACUGCCGCGGCCGCGAAAUUCCACGAUUAUGAAAUCGCACGCCGACGGGAGCACGGCGUUUCUUCUUCUCCGAGCCGGACGGGACGACCAAUUGUGUGCUGGGUUUAGCGCAACGUGUAAUUUAAUGUAAUAUGUAACACACAUACACGACACACACACACACAUACACAGACAUGUAAUAUGUAAACGUGUAAUGUAAUAAUAAAACGCGGAUGUAAGGCGGAUGAGACGACGAGAGUGUGGGCGAGAUAUGUAAUCUUGUACGGUCGACGGGAGCAUCAGAGAACUCGUCCUCGCAGCCCACGAAGCAUCGUUCCAUACAUAGACAUUCCAUUUCGCGUAUGGCGCCAACUCUCUGCACCUCACCUCACCUCACCUCACCUCACCUCACCUUCCCUGCUCCUCCGCCUCAGUCUCUCCAAAAACCAUCGAGCCGCGAUUCGUGGCUUUUUAAUUCCAGCCUUCUCCCUCUCCCUCAUCGACAAGUCAGCCGCUCAUCGCCACAAGCUAGCGUGUAAUCGUUUACGUUGUUAACGUUAAUUUUGUAGGCGUGCACCGAACGCCUUUAAUUAAAUUUAAUUAAGUACUCGGCACGAGGCGGUAGGACGGUUCUCUGGCUUCUUCUCUACCAAAGCCAAAACAGCGUUUUAGAUAAUCGCGUGAUACGUGCGCGCGCGGAACACGUAAUAACGGCGUAUUAUCAUAGGAAUCAUUGUGAGAGAGAGAGGGAGAGAAAGGAAGAGAGAGAGAGAGAGAGAGAGAGAGAAAAGAGGAAUUAUCGUUGCGAGACUUGAGAAGUUCGUGCGCGCGUUUGCAAUAUUCGUCUUCGGUGAUACAUAUCUUUUUUUUUUUUU